CCCCUCCCUCCCUCCUUCCUUCCUUCCCUCCUUCCAAGGCAGCUACAAGACCAUGAACGUCGGAUCGCAGGUGCCAGCUCCCAGGAACAUCUGAAACUCUCUCCUCCCUGGAGCUGGCACUGCAUCCUGGGCAUCAGGUGCCACCUUUCCCUGCCUGGAUCUGGGGACAUUGCCUUUUUUUCCUCCCCUGGCCAGGCAUCCCCUUUGUAUGCAUGACACUCCGCAAAGGGGAGAAAGCCACCAUCAGCAUCCAAGAACACAUGGCCAUUGACGUCUGCCCUGGACCCAUCCGACCCAUCAAGCAGAUCUCGGAUUACUUCCCCCGCUUCCCCCGGGGCAUCCCUGCCACCCUCAGCCGCAGCAACAGCCUGAGGUCCUCCAGCAGCCAGCCAGCCAACGCCAGCCCUGCAGAGACCACCACUACCACCCCAAGGGAGGAAGAUGAGGAUGUGGACCAACUCUUUGGGGCAUAUGGGACAGAGCCAGUGGUGGAGGUCCCUGCCCCUAGGCCCCCCAAAGAGAAAGAGGAGGAGGACUUAGAGGCUGAAGGCUACGAGUCUGACGACUGCACUGCCCUGGGAACAUUAGAUUUCAGCUUGCUGUACGACCAAGAAAACAACGCGCUGCACUGCACAAUUAACAAAGCCAAGGGCCUGAAGCCGAUGGAUCACAACGGACUGUCGGACCCAUACGUGAAACUGCAUUUGCUUCCUGGUGCCAGUAAGGCGAAUAAACUGAGGACUAAAACCUUGAGGAACACACUGAAUCCUACUUGGAAUGAAACCCUCACAUACUACGGGAUCACGGAUGAGGACAUGAUCCGGAAAACACUCAGGGUUUCCGUCUGCGACGAGGACAAAUUCCGCCACAACGAAUUCAUCGGUGAAACGAGGAUCCCCUUGAAGAAGCUGAAACCCAACCAGACCAAGAAAUUCAGCAUCUGCCUGGAGAAGCAACUGCCUAUUGACAAAACCGAAGACAAGUCCCUGGAGGAGCGUGGGCGAAUCCUGAUCUCCCUCAAAUACAGCUCCCAGAAGCAAGGCCUGUUGGUGGGCAUCGUCCGCUGUGCCCACUUGGCUGCCAUGGAUGCCAACGGCUACUCAGAUCCCUAUGUGAAAACGUACUUGAAACCGGACGAGGAUAAAAAAUCCAAACACAAGACAGCCGUGAAGAAGAAAACCCUGAAUCCUGAAUUUAAUGAGGAAUUCUGCUAUGACAUAAAGCACGCUGACUUGACCAAGAAAACGCUGGAAAUCACAGUGUGGGAUUAUGAUAUCGGGAAAUCGAACGACUUUAUUGGAGGUGUCGUGCUUGGGAUCAACGCCAAGGGAGAACGGCUCAAGCACUGGUUCGACUGCCUAAAGAACAAGGAUAAGAAAAUUGAGCGUUGGCACACUCUGACUAAUGAGUUGCCUGGGGCCAUCCUCAGCGACUGACCUCACGGACCAGGGACACCCCCGGACACCUGGGAGAAUGUGGCACACCGAUCCUACGGCAGAACAACAGCCGUUGCCUUUGGGCUCCAUGUUUACUGUGCAGAAUGGGAUGGAUCCCGAGUCAGUGAGGACGAGGGGCUGGGUUGGGAGCCCCUCAAGUUGGAGUCAAUUUUGCAGGGAAUGCUUUGAAUGGCCCCCAAACAACGCUGUGUUUCCUGUUGUUUGGCCACCUAAGAGGUGUCUCUUAGAUGCCUCCUAAGAUGCCUCCUUAGAGAUGUCUCUCUGGGAGACCUUGAAACCAUCCUUUUGCAGCAAGUUAUCCACUGUGUGUAAGUUUGUGUGGUGUGUGUGUGUGUUGGGGUGGGAUGAGGGCAUCCAAAGGCCUGCAUGUAUUCCAACCACAACUUCUUUGAGCUCCGUUCUCGCUGCCUUGUGAACUCAGUGGCAACCUGAUGCACAAUAGACAUAGACAUAUAAAUAGAUAUAGAUAGAUAUGGGGGGUUGGGUUUUUUCUUUUCCCCUUUACGUUUUGUAAUUUUGUCGCUAACGCGAAGCAUUUAUUGAACCUCGGAGCUAAGAGACCGGGGACGUCUCCCCCCCGCUAGUUGUUUGAUGGUUCUGGUUCUGCAUUUAAUGUUCCCAGUGAUGACGUUUGCGGCGUGUGUAAAUGUGGGUGAGUGGUUUUGGGCUUCUCAUCUUGCCCCCCAAUUUUGCCGUUUGGUUUGGCUUUGGUUUUCCCGUCCUCAGAACAUGUGCACAAAAUGUCAACACAACAAAGGGCUGUGUCACUUUACCCAAACUGAUGGCUUCCUUCCAACCUUCUUCUUCCGCCUCUCCUCAGUUAAGCUAUGUCUCCUGACUGGUUUAGGGGAAUUAUCCAUGAUCGGAGGUCAGUCGUCCAUCCUCUUUGCUGGGGAACGUCUAUUGCUCUCUAAUGGCCAAAAGGACAUCACUUUCCACUUUGCACAGUGCAUACGUUCGAGAAACAGCACGCCUUCUUUGUCUGGGGAACAGUUGUACAGCCUCAAACAUCUUCUCUCUCUCUGAAACACACAGACAGCAACUUACCGCAGUCUUUUCUUAGAAAGAUGUUUUUUGAGCAAGCCUUUAUAUCGGUCCCUUUUGCCCCGAGGUUUUACAUCAGAUCCAGAGUCCCCAGCAGGGAAGAUCGGCCUUUGACCACAUUCAAAAACUAGCGUUUCCGCCUACGGUGAAUGCACAGGUUGUUGAAAAGAAAAACCAAAAUGACUGGGCUUAUUCCAAAAAAAAUCCUCCGCACACAGCACACUUCAGACUCUUUAGGAAAGGGCAGACGAUUUCCCCUCAGUGUCAAUUUUGUUCAUCUUUCUAUACAGAUAGAGAUCUUUGCAGGUUGUAUUCCAUCUGGAACCACUGCAAAAACGUCAUAAAAACUCAGCGAAAUGCAGUGUGCGUCUUCUUUAUGGGAUCUGCUGAGACGAAUGCAGAUGUUUUCCCCCCGUAAACAUGAGAAGUUAUUUGCAUGCUCAUCCCCUAUCUACAAAAAAAUAAAUGUUUAACUGACUCAACAGUGCAGGUAAUAGAGAAAUAGGAAGCAGGAAAAUUGCUUCCUUUUCUGUUGAUCGACUUUUGCUUCAUGUCAGGAGGAGAUGAGAAACGGCUGCACGAGUUCAAAAUCUCUUGUUAACCUUUACAUUACAAAAGAAGCUAGGUUAUCUCAACAACUCUGCUAUCAGUCAGUACCUAGAUAUGUAUUUUUUUCCAUCAGAAAGGUUUCUUAUUUUCUGCAAUCCACUGGUUCAUUUGUUCAAAAGUGUUCUCCCCACACAAAAUUUUUAUUCCCAAUUAAUCAUGAUGUUGUUCUUCUUCCUUUCCUUCCUCCCCUAAGUCCACAAAGUGCUACGCAACCGAUUUAAAUAAAACAAUACAACCAUACAAACAGAUAACAACAACAACAUCUCAGUCCAAAUGAUUUCAAAGGCUAAAGGGCAAGUUGAAGAGAGUAUAAUAAUUCCUAUGCAAAACUUGGAAGUAAACAGUUGCAUAUAAUUUAUUUAUUUCCACUCUAAUUAACUUUGAAAUACAUUAUAUUACAAUUAUAACAUAAACAAGAGAUAACUUAACUCCUUUUCAGGUGUAACUAUACCGUUUAGUUACUUUUAUAAUUACAGGGAUGUGGCCUCACAUAUCGCCUCUUUAAGGCAAUGGCUUCUGCUAUGUUUCGUACUGCAGAAUGAAAAACACUCAGAUUUCUUCAGUAACUAAAAGUAACUACACUUGUCUCUCCAUAUUCGCUAUGGUUAGGGGCACAAGAUCCCCAUGAAUGUGGAAAAACUGCAAAUAGCAAA